AUUAAAUGCACUCCAUAGUUGGUUGAACCCUCAGUCUCGCUCCUUUGGCAAUAUUAGUGUAUUUUGGCCAGCAGCUAUGGCUGCGUUAGGUUCUUCACUCCUCAGACAAAGACAUCUACAUCACGGCCGGGUCGGCAUAAUGCUGCACCCAGUAAUCGUUGCACAGCUUGGACUUAGGUCGAUUUUGCGGCCGACACAGGCUAUUGUUUGCCCGAUGAGGGUUUACACGCGGAAAGGGUCGGCGUUUCCACGAAGACACCGAUGUAGCGGAAGGCAGCUCGUUGUGCGAGCUGUAGCCAUGGUUAAUGUGGAUUUUGCAAGUCCAUCGCUUUUGCUCGGUACCAUGUUGAUUGGGUGCGGAGUUCUCCUCCUCAAUCUUCGAAAUUUCCAAAACAAGGUAUCGCGAGACGCAGAUAUUGUUGUGGCGGCGAUGGUCAGCAUUGUUGGCAGCACGCUCAUCUUCCAGGGUUGGCGCCUGGAUCCCCUUCUGCUCCUCUGCCAGGCAUUGACCACAUCGGUUGCCUUCUGGUAUGGGCUGGAGACGUUUCGGCUACGGUCAAAGGAGGCGGAUACGCCGCCGCCGCAACUACCGCCAGGCGUCGGACCGCCAGAUGCCGCACCGCAAGAUUUCCUACAGCAAGCCGCUGCCGCAGCAGCGCAACAGCAGCAGCAGCAGCAGCAACAAUAUUACCAAGCCGGCCCGGGGUUCCCGCCCCCUGGCUCGGGAUUGCCGUACCUGCCGCCCGGGAACGAGUCGUACUACCCAUGGGGAAACCCGUCGGACGCCGCGGCGUCGACAUCAGACCAAGCGACCGGACUGUACGGCGAAACCAUCCAAUACGACUAUUACGGCAAUCCCAUCAUGCAGCAGCAGCAGGAACCAGUGUACAGUGGCAGGGGUUACAGCAAUGUAACGUUCGGGGGGGCAAUGUACGGCGCGCCCGGGGAUCCGUACAGCCGCAUAGGGGAGGGUAGCGACAGCGCGUACGGCGGUAGUGGCAUGUACGGCGCUGCUGGCGCUCCUGAAAGCAGCGGGUAUGACACGAGUGGCUCGACUGCAGGGAGCCCGGGGCCGUCGUACGCCGGUCCUUUUUCCGGCCCGGCGGCGCCGCCGCCACCACCUGGCGUGUCCCAGACGUCCGCACAGCCUUUUGACGGCUCUGGGCCUGGGGCCCCGGGGCCUCUUGGGCCUUAUGGGAGGACACCGGGGUUUCUGUACGACAGAGGUUUCGGUGCAGGCUCCUUGUCCGACGGCGGGCCCUGGGGUCCCGAUGCAGCUCCUCCGGCGGCGGCGGCGGCGGCGGAAGGGGGAGCUGCUGGCGGGCAGCAACCUAGCGGCGGCGUUAGCGGCAGUGGUAUUGGCGGCGGCGGUGUCGCGCGGGGGAGAGGCGCCAGCCGUCUCGAGUUGUACGAACAAGUAGACGACUGGGAGUAGGACGAGCGGUGGACGAGCUGUUUUUAAGCGUGUGCGGAUGUAUACGUGGCUUGUCUGGUGGCCGUGUGGGUGAAUCAUGAAUGUGAGCUGUUAGUGUAGGGGGGGCUAGAGUCUGGGAGUAGAGAUAUUCCUAGGGCUGCGCAAGAGGUGCGGGGAAGGGGAAGACGGGUUAAGGCGGGAAAGGGAGACCGACACCGUUACCUGGGUGCAUGGGCCUU